AUGUUUCCUCCAGCUCAAGGUUUGCGACUGGACAUCGAUGCGAUUAGUCAGAUAUUUGGAUCGAUCAGUAUUGCUUGCUGGAUAGUCGUCUUUUCGCCUCAAAUUAUCGAAAAUUGGAGAAGAAGCUCAGCAGAAGGCCUUUCAGUCGUCUUCAUCAUAAUAUGGCUUCUCGGCGACUUCUUCAACAUUUUCGGUGCCGUCCUCCAGGGUGUGCUGCCAACGAUGACCAUUUUGGCCGUUUACUACACUCUCGCCGAUAUUGUACUUCUGUUGCAAUGUUUCUGGUACAAGGGCUUCACGCUCCGCGACGUAGUCAACAAGCCCGGAGACGAAUCAAAUGAAAGCGGCUCGCCUGUGAGCGAAGACGAACCGCUUCUUUCUGACCGCCGUCAAACAAACGGAGCCUCAUACGCUAGCGUUGUAGCCAACGGCCACUUCAAUGGUAAUGGCAGCGAUGCCCGACCUCGGAUAUCGGAUAUCGACAGACGUCACUCAAACCACUCGCAAAACUCCUUCCGCGAACGCUUCCUCUCAAUUGACGGCACGCAUCUGUCGCCCGCCACACCGCUACACGGUGAUGCCAAUGGCGAGGUUCAUCAUACCGAAGCUCGUCCGCGUGUCCAGUCCACCGUUCAAAUGGUCCUGUUCAAUCUCGGCACCAUCCUCCUUGUCAUGGCCGCUGGUGUGUUCGGUUGGUGGCUCAGCGCGUCAAACACGACACCUUCGGAUGACACGCCUGCCGACUCUCCGGAUUCGUCACCCGACUUCAAUCUCUGGGGCCAGAUCUUCGGAUACAUCUGUGCUGCACUGUAUCUCGGAUCGCGCAUUCCGCAGCUGCUGUUGAACUACCGCCGGAAGUCAACAGACGGCAUUUCCAUGCUGUUCUUCUUGUUUGCGUGUCUGGGCAACUUGACGUAUGUGCUUAGUAUCGUGGUGUACAAGCCAAGGUGCAAGCACACGCAUUGCAGAGAAGGGGAGGCAAGUGCAAUCUACGGGAGAUACAUCGCGAUCAACUUCUCGUGGCUGCUGGGCAGCUUCGGAACACUGAUACUCGACGCGUGCGUGUUUGUACAGUAUUUCUUGUACAAGAAGGAUGAGAACGAAAGCGAUUCGGAAGACGAGUAA